GCGCGCGGGCCCCGGGCCCGGCGUGGCGGGUUCGCGCAGCGUGCAGUGCGGCGGAGGGGCCCGGGUCCCAGGUGCGCCUGGAGCGGCUCUGGAGGCGGCGGGGGCGGGGAGGCGAGGGGUGGGGGGAGCCCAGGCCCCCGCCUCCCCGCCCCCGGCCCGAGCGGCCGUCAUCGCGGGCGGGCGGCGCUGCGCCCGGGUGCGGCUCAUCGCCGGCGGCGGCGCGGCCGAGAGGUGGACGCCGCGGGCAUGGACUAUUCGUACGACGAGGACCUGGACGAGCUGUGCCCGGUGUGUGGGGACAAGGUGUCCGGCUACCACUACGGGCUGCUCACGUGCGAGAGCUGCAAGGGCUUCUUCAAGCGCACGGUGCAGAACAACAAGCACUACACGUGCACCGAGAGCCAGAGCUGCAAGAUCGACAAGACGCAGCGCAAGCGCUGUCCCUUCUGCCGCUUCCAGAAGUGCCUGACGGUGGGGAUGCGCCUGGAAGCCGUGCGCGCUGACCGCAUGCGGGGAGGCAGGAACAAAUUUGGGCCCAUGUACAAGCGGGACCGGGCCCUGAAGCAGCAGAAGAAGGCACAGAUUCGCGCCAACGGCUUCAAGCUGGAGACAGGCCCCCCAAUGGGGGUGCCUCCGCCGCCCCCUCCCCCACCGGACUACUCGCUGCCUCCCAGCCUGCACGCACCUGAGCCCAAGAGCCUGCCCUCCGGUCCAGCCAGUGGGCCACUGGGCGACUUUGGAGCCCCAGCACUGCCUAUGGCUGUGCCCAGCACCCAUGGGCCCCUGGCCGGCUACCUCUACCCCACCUUCUCUGGCCGUGCCAUCAAGUCUGAGUACCCGGAGCCCUACUCCAGCCCCCCGCAGCAACCUGGGCCACCCUAUGGCUACCCAGAGCCCUUCUCCGGAGGGCCCAGCGUGCCCGAGCUCAUCCUGCAGCUGCUGCAGUUGGAACCGGAAGAGGACCAGGUGCGGGCACGCAUCGUGGGCUGCCUGCAGGAACCAGCUAAAGGCCGCCCUGACCAGCCGGCAGCCUUUGGCCUCCUGUGCAGGAUGGCUGACCAGACCUUCAUCUCCAUCGUGGACUGGGCCCGCAGGUGUAUGGUGUUCAAGGAGCUGGAGGUGGCCGAUCAGAUGACACUGCUGCAGAACUGUUGGAGCGAGCUGCUGGUGUUUGACCACAUUUACCGCCAGAUCCAAUACGGCAAGGAGAGUAGCAUCCUGCUGGUCACCGGGCAGGAGGUGGAGCUGAGCACCGUGGCUGCCCAGGCCGGCUCCCUGCUGCACAGCCUGGUGCUGCGGGCCCAGGAGCUGGUGUUACAGCUGCAUGCGCUGCAGCUGGACCGCCAGGAGUUCGUCUGCCUCAAGUUCCUUAUCCUCUUCAGCCUUGAUGUGAAAUUCCUGAACAACCACAGCCUGGUGAAGGAUGCUCAGGAGAAAGCCAACACUGCCCUGCUUGAUUACACCCUGUGCCACUACCCACACUGCGGGGACAAGUUCCAGCAGCUGCUGCUGUGCCUGGUGGAGGUGCGGGCUCUGAGCGUGCAGGCCAGGGAGUACCUGUAUCACAAGCACCUGGGCAACGAAAUGCCGCGCAACAACUUGCUCAUUGAGAUGCUGCAGGCCAGGCAGACUUGAGCCUGGUGGCGGGC